AUGUCUGAACAAGAAUUACCACCACAAUAUAUCACAGCGUCCAAUGACCUAAGAUCGGACACUUUCACCACACCAACAAAGAAAAUGAUCGAAGCCGCCAUGAAUGCUUCCAUCGGGGAUGCCGUCUACGGGGAAGAUGUAGACACCGUCACUUUAGAACAGCACGUUGCCAGGAUGGCCGGUAAGGAAGCUGGUAUAUUUUGUGUCUCUGGUACUUUAUCCAAUCAAAUCGCUAUCAGGUCUCAUCUAUAUCAACCUCCAUAUUCCAUUCUUUGUGACUACAGAGCUCAUGUCUACACUCAUGAAGCCGCUGGGUUGGCUAUCUUGUCUCAAGCAAUGGUCGUCCCUGUAAUUCCAUCUAAUGGAGACUAUAUGACUUUGGAAGACAUUAAGGCUCAUUAUAUCCCAGAUGAUGGGGAUAUUCAUGGGGCUCCAACUAGAUUGAUUUCUUUGGAAAACACUUUACAUGGGAUCAUUUACCCAUUGGAAGAAUUAGUCAGAAUUAAAGGUUGGUGUUUGGAAAAUGGACUUAAAUUACAUUGUGAUGGUGCCAGAAUUUGGAAUGCCGCCGCAGAGACUAAAGUCCCAUUGAAACAAUUCGGAGAAAUAUUUGAUUCCAUCUCCAUUUGUCUUUCUAAAUCAAUGGGGGCUCCAAUGGGGUCUGUAUUGGUCGGUGAUGCUAAAUUUAUUAAGAAAUGUAAUCAUUUCAGAAAGCAACAAGGUGGUGGUGUAAGACAAUCUGGUAUGAUGGCAAGAAUGGCCCUUUGUAACGUCGAUGAUGAUUGGAGGGGUAAAUUACUAUAUUCUCAUAAAUUGGCUCAUAAUUUGGCUAAAUUUUGUCAAGAAAAGGGAAUCCCAUUGGAAUCCCCUGCUGAUACUAAUUUCGUCUUUAUCGAUUUGAGAAAGGCAAUGAUGGACCCUGAUGUUCUAGUGAAGAAGGGACUUAAAUAUAAUGUCAAAUUAAUGGGUGGAAGAGUUUCAUUCCAUUAUCAAGUCACUGAACAAACUUUAGAAAAGGUCAAGUUGGCCAUCUUGGAAACUUUUGAAUACGCAAAGCAACAUCCAUUCGAUCAAAAUGGUCCAACCAAAAUUUACCGUAGUGAAUCUACAGAAAUUGAUGUCGAAGGGAACGCCAUUAGAGAAAUUAAAACUUAUAAAUAUUAG